UUGGACCACUGGCUCAACUCAAUUCGCUCUCACACUCAGCAUCAAAACACAAGAAAGCCUCCAGCCAUCCUCGUCCUCACGCACAAAGACAUGGUCUCUCAGAAAGACAUUGAGGACUACAAAGAAGAGAUAUGGAACCACAUCAAGGGAAAGGCGGCAGGAAAGCUGGUCAUGCCAGAAAUAUUCGCAGUGGACAACACAACUGAUGACUCAGAAAUUAACAACAUUCGUGAGUACAUCCGAGAGGUGGUGAAAACCCUGCCCCACAUGGGCGAGGAAAUCCCCAUAUCGUGGCUUCAUCUCAAGUCUAAACUGAAGAAACAGCUACAGGAGGGAGGUCCGUUUUGCGACUUCCAACAAGUUGCGAAACUGGCCCGUGAUCCCAACAUCAACAUCACAGACGAGCACACACUCGCCAUGGUUCUUACAUUCCUCCACGAUCGAGGUGACAUCAUCUUCUUAGACGAACCCAGUCUUCGCGAUGAUGUCACCCUGCGGCCACAGGUGAUGAUUGACGUCUUCAAGACCAUCAUCACAGUUCCCGAGUAUCAGCAACACAGGCAGACGGACCCAGAAGUAAGGAAGAUGUGGGAGAGGCUGGAAAAGGAAGGAGUCCUCAGCGACAAGUUGCUGACAAGGAUCUGGGAAGAGAAGGAUCAGCAACUGGAAAGGCCAUUUCUGGUCCAGCGCAAGACUUUCCUGAAGAACCUGAUGGAGAAGUACUAUCUGCUCUGCAACGCCACCUUCGUCGGUGAUGGUGAUGGUGAUGACGAAUCUCAACAGGAAGAGAUGUAUUUCGUACCCGCACUUCUCAACUGCGAGAGAAACAACGAGAUGCUGUAUCCCAGCGAAACGAAUCGUUUCCCACAGGCACUCUACUUCGUGUUCAGCGAGAAGUUUCUUCCCAGUGGCAUGUUCAGCCGACUACAAGCUUUGUGCGUUCGCAGGUUUGGACUUGCAAAGUCUUGCGUCUAUGCGGGUUGCGCACGCUUCCCUACCGACAACAACAAGCAAUCGUUCGUCGUCUCAAAGGUGAACCACUACCUGAAGGUGGAGCUUCUGUCGUCUUCUGACGCCUUCACAGAAGGUCUGAGCGUCAGGAAGUUUCUCAGCAGCGCCCUGUUUGAGAUCAAAGAGAAAUGGAUCCCCUGUAUCCAGUACAAGCUGUGUUGCUGUAAACAACAUGACGACAGAAAAGAACCAGACUUCCUGGCAUUGGCCACAGAUGACGGGGCACUGGAACAGGAUUCAGGAAUACCAUCUGCAUUUCGUGACGUUUGGAUGACUGGUAGCUCACAACCUGAUCGAACAGAAAACUCAGGAGGAGACGGCCCAGUGAUACUGUUGCCUACGGGAGACCCUAGCAGCAUGCGAACGAUCGGCCCCGUCUUGGACACUAUGGAGCUGGGGACAGGACUGUCGCUGGACCAGUGUGACCGCACUCGGAACCAGCUGACGCCAAAACAGCGGGUCCAGGUGCUGGUGCGGCUAGUAGAAAACCGCUACCUGUUGGGAGCCGCCGUGGAGAUGUGCUGUCCAGAGUUUAUGGAUUGCUUCUUGAGGGAAGAACGAGGAAAAGAACUUGCCAUCCUCCAUACAGACGACUAUACUACAGAGUUCGUCUUGCCUCUCCAGGCAGCCGCUAGUGCGUCAGGUGUGCCCUGCCACACAGAGAUCGUCAGUUCUUCUGACUCCAUCACAGAGAAAACUGUGGAACUCCUGCUCAACACAAACAACAAGAUGGUUCUCCUGGUCAUCAGUCCCCAGGCCCUACAUCACCAGCACUGGUCAAACCUCACCUACGAGUUCCCAGUUCGGAACGAGAAGCUACUGCUGCCCAUCCUGCUAUACCCACAGGGAUCAAGAGACAGGAUGGUCCGGGUGCUCCAGCAGAGGUCUCCUGUCCUGUUCAGCUUGAAACGGAAGGAGAUAGAGAUGGGAGGAAGUGUAGUCUCGCAGAAGAAGCUUGGGGAACUCAUACAAAAGGUCGUGAUUGGCGAAGAAGAGGAGAACCGGCUAUAUCAGAUCAGCAAGGCUGUUGGUGAGGUGUGGACCCGGCUGGGACAGGAGCUGGGACUAGAACCAUCCGUCUUGGACGACGUAAAAGGUGAUGACAACGUACAGACGACACUACAGAUGCUGAAGGCGUGGCGCAUCAAGACUCCCCAUGGCCCGCUCCACUACCUGCCGCAGCUGGCGGAAGCACUGCAGAAUAUCGGUACAGUUGACCAGGCUAAAGCUGUACAAGAGACAUACAAGGACUACCGCAAUGGCCUGACGCUAACAGAGCUAAGUCCUGACAUGAAUGAAGACAAAAGCUGGUCCCUCCACCUGCCUGAUGAAGGGAAAUACGUGUGCAAACAAACGGGCCUGGGCGUGGUGACGCCCUACCCGCUGGGCGUGACGUCCUACAGGAGUGAGAACUGGUCCGACUACAGCUGGCCGGAGGAAGGGGAGGACUUGAUGCCGGUGGGUCCGCUCCUUUCUAUCCAGUGUGUGGACGUGGAGGGGCCGGUGGACCUCCUACUGCCGCACGUGAUGCACCUGGCUAAUGAAACAGAAAUCACAACAGAAGACCUACGAGUCGUGCACGUGGUGGGCGAUUCCCCCGAGCUGCUGCCGGUUACAGAACUCACCUCUUCCCACGCGGUGACCAGGUUCAAGAAAGGAAGCAAGUUUGGGGUGGUCGGAAAGAAAGACAAAGUAUCGAGUGUCUCUACCGAUGGCCUACUGACUGCAUUCCGUUCAAUAGAGGACUCUGACCUUUCCAUACUGAACGUUUACAUCGUGUCCAACGUUAGGUCCGUGCAAGAGACCAUUGAACAGGACGAGAACAAAUGGGGAUCUACACACUGCCACACCGAGCCCUGUCAACUGCAGCAAGGUGGUAGAUACUGCUUGGAAGGGAAAGUUACAAAUGGUGAAGACAUCUGUGUGUCUACAUCUCCACAGUUUCUGAUCUUUGAGAACACUCUGGACACGAAUAAGUUCUACAAAAAGUUCCGGGUCGAAGUUAGUGCAAAUAUUUGGAGCAGCACUACCUCGAGACUACUUUUGGAACUUCUAAAAACCAACAAUGACGAAAGGAAACCUAUCUUACAACUGACACUGGGACGCUACAAGCGAAGCUGCACUGCGGAAGAAACUGACAGCGGUGUGUCGACACCGACAGAGCCGCUGGAGUCUGUGAGGAGGCGACUGCAGGAUACACUGAGCACUUCAGGUGACGACGUCAAUACGGAAAUCGUUUCCGUGAAAACGUCUGAUCAUUCGCCAUCUGAUGUAAAGAAAACAGACGUUCCUGUGCGUCGACGGACAGACGAUGGAGCAGGACCCAGCGGGAUGCAUACGUUACCAAGACAUAAAGUUCACGUUGAAGAGUAUUUCGACGAAGUAAUCAGCAAAGUCAGCUACAAGUGGGAUGAGUUAGCCCGCAAGCUAGGGUUCGAUCGAGGCGACAUCAAAGCUAUUGAAACUACGGUGUCAUUGCGUGACCCUGACCAAAGGUGCAGGGAAAUACUAGAAAGGUGGAGUAACAAACAUGCUAGUGAGGCUACUUUGCAGGAUUUGCAACAGGCCCUCACCAAGAUUGGAGAAAGGCGGACAGCAGAAGACCUAGAAGGCAUCUCAGCACAGGGACAGAGCAGCACUGGGUGAACUUCAAUCGGAAAAGCGCGAACAUGUAAAAUAUCGAAAAUGUUAGUUUAACGGGGGCCGCCCUAAGAUGCCCGCUUUUUUACGCGCUCGAACUCACGGCGCUCCAUCACUAGUUGCCAAAGAGUGGUCAAGUUUUGAUCAAUGAGU